AUUGGUUGAAGCAAUCGCGAUAAACAUGGAAAUGGUCUCCAAUGGUGAUAUGAUAUGUAGCUGCAGCAGAUUAUAGCCUGCAUCAUGGAAGAAAAACAAAUGUAGCAACGGGUUGCAAAAACGAUGCUAGUUUUGCGUGCACGCGUAUCAUUGAAUGAAGCCUGUCUACAGUAUGAAUUUGAUAUUUACAGUGGAGGCAAUUUAGCUGUCUGUCAAUUGGGCUGCUAGCUAGUGAAGGGCCAUGUUAGCUCGAUGCUUAAUGCUAACUCGUUUAUUGUAUAGUUGAGGUUAGGAAUCAGGCUAGUUGACGCUACCAAUUUCACACAUCCAAAAUAAUAGUGGAACAUUGCGUGUUAUCAAUGCCUUUCUGAAGAAAGAAGAAAUAGCUAGCUAAACCAGCUAGCAUCUGAGAAGGUAUUGGAUUCAUAUUUCACCCAAUUUCCUCCAUUUGAAGAAAAGCAAACUGGCUGAGAUGGAUGAACAAAGUGUUGAGAGUAUUGCGGAGGUGUUCCGCUGUUUCAUCUGUAUGGAGAAGCUGAGGGAUGCUCGGCUCUGCCCCCACUGCUCCAAACUCUGCUGCUUCAGCUGCAUACGGCGCUGGUUGACUGAGCAGAGAGCCCAAUGCCCACACUGUCGGGCACCACUGCAGCUGCGGGAGUUGGUGAACUGCCGCUGGGCUGAAGAGGUUACCCAGCAGCUGGACACUCUGCAGCUCUGCAAUCUCUCCAAACACGAGGAGAACGACAAGGACAAGUGUGAGAACCACCAUGAGAAACUCAGUGUGUUCUGCUGGACCUGUAAGAAGUGCAUCUGCCACCAAUGUGCUCUGUGGGGAGGCAUGCAUGGCGGCCACACCUUCAAGCCUCUGGCUGAGAUCUACGAGCAGCACGUGUCCAAGGUGAACGAGGAGGUGGCCAAGCUCCGCCGCCGCCUUAUGGAGCUCAUCAGCUUGGUGCAGGAGGUGGAGAGGAACGUGGAAGCAGUGCGAGGGGCCAAAGACGAGCGAGUGCGAGAGAUUCGUAAUGCAGUAGAGAUGAUGAUUGCCCGUCUCGACAACCAGCUCAAAAACAAACUCAUCACCCUCAUGGGUCAGAAGACUUCCCUCACCCAAGAGACUGAGCUACUGGAGUCUCUCCUGCAGGAGGUGGAACAUCAGCUGCGCUCCUGCAGUAAGAGCGAGUUGAUCUCCAAGAGCCCAGAGAUCCUACUGAUGUUCCAGCAGGUUCACCGCAAGCCCAUGCAGUCCUUUGUCACCACUCCAGUCCCUCCCGACUUCACCAGUGAGCUGGUUCCUGCCUAUGACUCAAGCACUUUUGUUCUGGCCAACUUCAGCACCCUGAGACAGAGGGCAGAUCCCGUCUAUAGCCCCCCACUCCAGAUAUCUGGCAUCUGCUGGAGACUCAAGGUUUAUCCAGAUGGCAACGGUGUGGUGCGCGGCAACUAUCUGUCCGUUUUCUUGGAACUAUCUGCAGGACUCCCUGAAACCUCAAAAUAUGAGUACCGUGUGGAGAUGGUCCAUCAGGCCUCCAGUGACCCCACUAAGAACAUCAUCAGGGAGUUUGCAUCAGACUUUGAGGUGGGGGAGUGCUGGGGCUACAAUCGAUUCUUCAGACUGGACCUGUUGGCCAGCGAGGGCUACCUCAACAUGCAGACUGACACCCUGGUCCUCAGGUAUCAGGUGCGUUCGCCCACCUUCUUCCAGAAGUGCAGAGACCAGUACUGGUACAUCAGCCAGCUGGAGUCAGCCCAGUCCAGCUACAUCCAGCAGAUCAACAACCUCAAAGAGAGGCUGGCCAUUGAGCUGUUCCGUAGGCAAAAGUCUCGUAGCUCGUCCCCUCCUGACCGGCGCCUGGGCACCUCGACCUCGGAGAGAGACUCCCGCUCAGGGAAAGGUCCCGUGGCUGAGGAUGGCUGCCAGACCACUGCCACUGAGACCAAAGUGGAAGACGAGGAGGAGGAGGAGAAGACCCAGCACGAUGACUCCAAUGAGCUGUCUGAUGGGGACUUGGAAGUGGACUGUCUGACGGGGGACGAGGAGGUGAACCCUCUGGACGGUAGCAGCACCUCGGGCAGCUCCACGGCAACGAGCAACACAGAGGAGAACGACAUCGACGAGGAGACCAUGUCUGGGGAGAAUGAUGUGGAGUUCAGUGGGAACCUGGAGAUGGAGGAGGGAGAACUGCCUGACGAUGUGGCAGGGGCAGCAGGAGGCUCUAACCAUGGGGCCAGGUGUCUGAGGCGUGGUGGAGGUCUCUCCUCCGCUGGCAGCAACAGCAGUCUGCUGGAGAUUGACCCAGUCAUCCUCAUCCAGCUACUGGACCUGAAGGAACACAGCAACGUGGAGUCACUAUGGGGCCUUCAGCCCAGACCCCCUGCUUCCCUGUUGCACAGCCAAGUCCAAGUCCACUCCAGAAAGGAGCGGGGUGAGCGCCGGCCUCAGGCAGUGAGGAGGGGAGCCCCAGACUCAGGGGUCCUGAUCCGGCUCAAGGCCCAGAUGGCUGAGGUGCGCAGUAAGAUGACGGAUGUCAAGUUUCAGCUGGAGGCGCGGGGGGAAGCCAGGGUAGGACCCUCUAGCAGAGCCACAGGGGAACAGGGGCCCUCUUACCACGCAGACUCAGACCUGGGGCCCAGCAGAAAGUCCACAGAGCUGGAUCUGAUGGGGAAAGGACCUGGGGCCUCCAGACACUGUCACUCUGGAGGGAAGAAGGCCUUGUCUCCCAAGCAGGAGGGCAGCAGGCUGGGCCUGAGAAGAGCUACAGACGGAGUGGAGAAGGAGUCAAGAGGCCAGAGCAGUGAAGAGUUGUCCAGUGAUCAAAGCCUCUUCCCCAGGGACACCCCCAAUGGAUCAGAAGGAUCCCUGAAGCCACACAGCGUGCACAGCUCCCCUCCUUCUCUGGGCAGCUCAUCGUCAUGCUACGACAGCAAGCCCUGCAUUUCCAAACACGACCAGGAGCAGCUCUACGGGGCUGACCUGUACGCUCUGGGGGGCCUCAACGGCAUCUCCACCUCCACCAUAGCACGACCCAGAACCCAGCCCAUGGGGUCCGGCCUGCUGACGGACAGCUCUCUGGACUGUGACUUGGAGGAGACGGCUGAGGUCCGCCAGUCACUGCUCUCCCUGGCAGAGGGACCCUCUUCACGCCCUGAUGAAAGUGAGCCGUACUGCUCUAACCCCUCUCUUCCUUCACCUCUACCUCGACCCUCCACUAUGGAGGAAUGCUAUUGUGACGGCAGUCAUCUUGUCCAUAAGCAGACGGUGGUGCUGCUGCCAGGUAUGAGCAGUGACAGUGAGAUCGACUGUGACACGGAGAACGAAGAUGAGGUGGUGGCCCUGGAGGCUGGAGACUGCUGCUAUGAUGACCAGGCACUGCCCUGUGCAGGGACCCAGUUGAACUCGGACGACCUGUGCUACACCACAGGAGAGAACACCGAGAGGUGAUUCCCCUCCAACAUGGCCUCCACAGCCGGUCUAAACAGUGGCCAUCGCCAUAUGGGCACUGGAGAGCAGUGUAUAGAACUUUAAUGUACACCAACACUUGUGUAGACACUUGCAUGCAGUCAUUCUAGUCACCGGCAACCCCAAAUGCAAUGAGAAUGCUAAAACUCACUAAGUGAGCACCUUGAUGAUGACUGCAAAAUAUGUAAAUAUAUUUGAUCACUUUUUAUUAAUCUCCAUUUAUAUUUAAAUGUAAAUUGGAUUAAAUAUGAGUUAGAAUGGGGCGAGGAACAAUAUAUUUGCGAGAGACAUUCUUUAGGCUGUCGUUGUGAAAAGUAAAAUAGUAACAUUUUAUCAUAUGUAACUAACCUCAUGGUUGAUGUUUGCAACGUCUAAAUGCUCCGAUUGGGCUUUGGUCUGGACAUCGAUUGGGCUCUGGUGAAUUUUGAGAAUUAAGCACAGUACACCUGCUUCACAACAGAAAGAGAACCUUAAAAUCUCUGCCUUUCUGAUUCAAUGAGGUGCUAUUGAUGUGUUUGUGUGGAGGAGCACAGUUAGGCAGGCAUCACACAGUGCUGUAAUGAACACACCAUUCUUGAAAACAGUCUGAACGAACGCCUUGAAGUGGACGCAUUUAGUACCUUUAUUCCUGUUUCACCAUUGAUUUAAAACUUGUUAGGAAGUCCCUUUCUGUGCAAAUCUUAUCAUUGCAAACUACUGUAUUUCGUCUACUACUCCCGGUAGAUUGGAGUUGCUUGCCCCCCAGUAAAUCUUUCAGAACAAGAACCAGUUUUUCUGCUGUGUAGACACCUUGAAGGAUGUAUCAAUGGUACGUCCUUCUCUGGCAUGUGUAAGAGAUUGCUACCUUCUGAAUGUGUAUUGAGUAGUUUCUUAGUAGAAGAUUAGGCAUGACUCUUGUUCACCGUAGCGGAUUUUGCCCGAAUUGAUGAUUCACACUGACCUUUCUCCUUUCUUGGUUGACAGUCUGGGCUUCAAGUGCUUUUUAACCUUGUCUCGUAAUUAAACAUCAAAGCUGAUGUACCUUAUCCGUACAUACAGGGUUCUUUCUUUCACCAGUAAGUGUUUUCUGCAGCCCAUGUCAAGAUCAGCUCUGUAACAUAGGCAUGUUUGUAGGUGGUGUUUUUGAGUUUUCUGCGCUGCUAUCUUAACUAUUUUUCUGUAUUGUGUGCGCAACUCCUCCCAGUUCAGCUAUUCUGCUCGUCUUUGAAAAAAUGGGUCCAUGCAAAUUCACACAUUUUGACUUCUAUGAAGCAGAUAUAAUUUUGUUUUUCAAUUUAGUCGAUUCCUUCUCAAAAAAUGGAUCCAAAUGUCACAUUCCGUCGUCUUGAUUCUAGAUUAUUUUAUUUUGCUUGUUUUCUGGGCAAGAUUUGACCAAGGCAAUAUUUGGAAAGUCAUUUGUUUGACAAGAGACGUGUAAAUAAGUGUUUGUUUUGUACAAAGGCUUCCCAACAGUGAUGUGAAGUGUUCUGUUCUUUAAAGCAUGUCAUGGAGCAAUUUUCUUUCAAUAUCCUUUUUUUCCCCAUCAGAAGGUGCCAUCUCUUCCUUGUAGUUGAGCUUUGCUGUGUGACCGUGGACCAUUUUAUUUACACAGUAACAUUUUAUUAUUUUCAACCCUUGAAAAGCAAUCUGACGACCACACUAGCAUCCACAUGGACAUCAUAGCAGAAACUGUACUCUUUGUACCAUGGAGAACAAUGAACACUGGCAAAGACUGUCUUCAUUGAAAUGUACACUGAAGAGGUGACCCAACUGAAUUUGUAAACAUUUCUAUCUCUUGAAAGGGAGAUGUGUAAGAUGUCUCAAAGUAUACUGGUGUGCAUUGACUAAUAAGGAAAUAUGUUCUAAAUGCCUGAAUGGAGAGCUCAGUGGUUUACACUAUAAAUAUCUUCCUUCAGCUGUAGGAUGCCUGAUGUUUACCCCCAGCUGCACAGCCUCCUAAUGUUCCAUCAUGUGUGCCUAAAACUGCAUGGCUUUAAUGGAGUUGAACAGGCAGACGGAGGGUGGACAAUAUGCUUUAAACCUCUUAUUGUGCCCUUGUAUAUACAGCUCCAGAUUCAUCCUGAUAUGGUCUAAUUGUAUCUAUUUCACUGUCAGUUCACUAUGCACAUUUCUGUUUGUGCCCAGGUUGUAGCUGUGUAUUUGUCUGAGUGGGAAAGGGCUGACUUAGGAAAGGUACUAGAAAGAGGGUGAUUUAGAUGGUUUCAAGUGUUCAUGCUUUCCUUUGUGUCUACCAUGAGUGUUUUAUUUUAUAUUGUCCCAGAAUGCAGUGGGAUUUUUAUUUGUUGGGUAUAUGUCAUUUUUGUUGUUGUAACUAAUAGAAUAUGACUUAACAAAUAAAAUAUUUUAUGGUUUCUUGAAA